CUCCAAACCCCGCUGUCCACGUGACUCCGCGGCUCUUUGAACUUUACUCAAUCAGACUUCGACUCCUGUUCCUCGUCCUCGUCCUCGUCCACUCGUGCCACUUAACGCACAGACGACCCUCCACCAUUACUCUCUGUUCACCGAGCUGGCUGUCUAUCACUGUCUCCACAGUUGUUGGUGCCAGACCCACGUACGCGACUCGACCGUUCCGUCCCUAAUAACCUCCAUCAUUUUGACACAUGGACUCUUGACCCUCCCGGUCGACAGCAGACACUGCAUACCAGACCUUAGCCUUGUCUACCGUGGCUUCAUGCAGGGCUGAAAUGCAAUCCUCCAUCAUAUGAGAGGACUACACUCUCCCCCGUCUCCCUCCUCCCGACAUGAACCCGGUAUCAACAUCUCUGGACUGCGCAACAGACCAUGGAUCGUCCAGAUCCUGUCCAAGACACCACCUCUCCUCCUUCCACCCCCUCUACCCCAAGAAAGCUUCCCAGUGAUCUCCCGACUUCUCUUGAUGACCGUCGUCCCCUCCCCAGCUAUGGCGGGGAAACCGAGUUCUACGAUGGCUGGCAAGGUCGGGACCCCUCUUGAUGUUACUCCUAUUCUCUCCCAGGUAUCGUCCCAAGCAAUCAACUUACAUUGUUCGCAAUGACAGGUUCAUCCCAAUACAUCACUGCUCCCACCCCUGCGAAACCCCUCACCUUUGACCUACACCUAGACACCCCGGCCUAUGAUGACGAAGAGACCUUUGCCAGGAUACAGGAUGGCGAGUCUCGUUUAAUGGAAAUGGUUGCCGCUCAAGCCCACCAUCGAGAAGACGGUAGCCCCGGCCAAGAUGAAGACGCAAUAGCCACGGAUGAUGCCCUUUCCCACGAAGAGAAACAGGAAAUACUACAAAAAAGUCUUAACAUGGCUGCCAGCAACGGUGAUGUCGCUCGGAUUCGGAAGCUUGUUGGUGGUCGCGCAAAGCAAUUUGUAGACGUCAACAAGCCAGACGAAGAGGGAACAGUACCCUUGAUCUACGCCAGCUGCUUUGGACACUUUGAGGUUGUGGCUGCUCUGUUGGACGCCGGUGCCGUUGUCGACAGGCAAGAUCGCAACCAGUGGAGCGCUCUUAUGUGGGCCAUGACCAAUCGACAUAAACAAAUCUCGAAACUACUCCUGGACCAUGGCGCAGAUCCUGAUAUCAGAUCUUCCUCCGGCGGCACCGCACUCGACUUUGUACAACCAGGUUCCGACUUUUCCCAUUUUCUAAACGAGAACGGCUAUCACUUUGGCAGCUCUAACUUGGAGGAUGACUUCUAUAACUCGGGCUUUUCGCAAGACCGCUUCGAAGAGGAGAUGGCAGAGAACGAGAUGAAACGAAGAAUGUUGAUGCAGGAGAGUGCCACCAACCUCGAGGUCGAUCUGUCUACCCUCGGCUUCGAUGAGAACAUCGAUUCACCCACCGACCUCGACUGCGAUGAGGAAGAGGAGUUUGUUUGGGAUCGAUGCGUCGGAGACCAAAUGUUUGUGUUCCAGAAUGACCAGCUAGACGGCAUCUUCGACCUGAUCAUUACAAAUAUGACCCCCCAACGCUCGCCGUCGCAGAAACCCGUCCCGGCAAACCUGAUUUUCCUCAUGGCUCGUUAUGCACACUAUCACAUGACACCCUCGCUAUUGGAAGACGUCUUGACCCAGGCCAUGGAUCGUAUAAAUGAUGUGAUAGAAAGGUAUCAGUGGGAUAUGACAAUGCUGGCCUUCUGGGUAUCGAAUUCCACAUUGCUGCUGCAUUAUCUCAAAAAGGACGCCGGAUUGGUGCAGGCAACUUCAAAAUACCAGCUUGAACUGGCUGAGCUGAUCAACGAGAUUUUCAUUCUGAUCAUUAGGGAUGCAGAAAGAAGAAUGAACAAGGUUCUUGAUGUGGCAAUGCUGGAUCACGAAACAAUCCCUGGUUUGGACGACAUCGCUUUCCAGGGCGAAUGGAAGGUCUUUAAAUCAAAACCAAAGGCCAAGGAAGAAGACCCCGACAAAAGGUUUCGCCCUCCUUCACCUAAGAAGCGCGCUCAGACCUCACCUCGAAACAUCACGUCCUUGUUGUCAUCGACGCUCUUCGUCCUUGAUCUGUACGACGUUCAUUCGGUCAUCACCAGCCAGAUCCUUGCGCAGCUCCUUUAUUGGAUAGGCGCCGAGCUCUUUAACCGUGUCAUGACCACGAGGAAAUAUCUCUCGAGAACAAAGGCCAUGCAGAUCCGCAUGAACCUCUCGGUUAUCGAAGAAUGGGCUCGAUCCAACAAUCGACAACCAGAGCACUACGAAAACGGAUCAGCGACCUCGACUGGCGAGACGACUGUUGACGCCGCCAGACGACAUCUCGCGCCCAUCAUCCAGCUGCUUCAAUGGCUUCAAUGUUUCAGUUCUCUGGGUGAUGAUCACGACUCGUUGGUGGGGACUCUGGUUCAACUGCAAAGACUGUCGCCCACCCAACUGAUCAGUGCUGUCAAAAAUUAUCGUGCAGAAGUCGGGGAGAGAAGCUUGCCAAAGAUCCACAUGAAGUUUCUGGUCCAACUCCAGAAGGGCGAACAGACUCUGAUAAGGCGGCCUCUGACGCCUAUACCAGAUUCAACAGAUUCCGGCGCAGCGACGCCCGUCAAGCCAAAUGGCUCUGAGACAGCAGGGGCGACAGCACAGAAUACUCCGGGCCAAUCUACUCUUUCGGUGACCUCGCCGGUGGAGCAAGAUACGGAUUCACCUACCAAGCGGAAUGCACUGACACUGGAUCAAUCUUUGAUGUUGCCAUUCUCACUUCCGACUUCCACAGACAUGCUGAUCUCGUACGGAGCGGGAAUCGGAGGGAUGAACCGCGAACGAGCCAGAAAAUAUAUUCCAACGGUGCCAACGGAGGUUCUGAGCAAGCUCAAUCUUGAUAACGAGCCCACGAGCCAUCGAAGAGAUGGGAGCAUUUCCACCCUAGGGACCUCCAGCCACGGUUGGCAAAGUAGUGCCUAUUGAUCUGGCAUAUCUGAAAUGACGACUUAUAAGCUUGAUUCAUGAUGUGAUUAUGGAUGCGCUCAGAGCGAACACAGUAUAUAUGGAGGAAUGUCGUUAGGAAUGUUGUUAACCCGAGUUCAAAUCAAGUAGAAGGCAAUACUCUGGCAAGCAGCGUUCAGCGAUGCAUACUGAAAUGACAAAAAUUUUCGGGUUUUCAUCUUGUCAUGCAUCUACUAGGCUUGACUAGGGCUCUAAAUGUCAACGGUCGUUAACGGUCACACGGUAGUUGAACCAUAUGGAGUUCGAGUGUACAGCAAUUUCAUGAAUGCAGAAUGGGGAUAAAAGGUGGUGUC